ACUCACUCGAGGAAGUGUUCUUCGACAAAACGUAGUCAGUGGACAUGGCGACUGCUUCCAGUUUUCUCUCCGAAGAACAGUUUCUGUGCUCCAUCUGUCUGGAUGUGUUCGCAGAUCCGGUCACCAUACCGUGCGGACACAACUUCUGUAAGACGUGCAUCGCAAAGCACUGGAACAUCAGCCGCCUCCAGCAGUGCCCGCUGUGUAAGGAGCAUUUUGAUCCCAGACCGGCCCUGCGGAUCAACACCUUCAUAUCCGAGAUGGCUUCUCACUUCAGGAAUGCCAGGAGCUUGUCAGGACAAGUGUCUCCCGGCUCAGGAGGGAUUCUGUGUGACGUGUGCGCCAAACCCAAACAGAAAGCCUUUAAGUCCUGCCUGGUAUGUGCUACUGCCUAUUGCCGUACUCACCUGGAGCCUCAUAUGAGAAUCACAGUGCUGAAGAGACAUAAAUUGAUCAAUCCAGUCAUGAAACCGGACACCAUGAUGUGUGGGAAGCAUGAGAGGCCUCUGGAGCUGUUCUGCAAGACCGAUCAGAGGUGUGUUUGUCCAAGCUGUGCUGCGUCCGACCACAAGAAGCAUCGGGUCGUCGCUCUGACGGGAGAGUGUGAAGAAAAGAAGAAAGAGCUGGAGAAGACCAGAGUUUGUGUUGAGCAGAUGAUUCAGGAGAGAUUACUAAAGAUGGAGCAGUUUAAGCAGUCGGUGAAGCUCAGCAAGCGGGAUGCAGAGGAAGUGACAGCAGCUGUGGUGGAGGACUGUUCGGACCUCGUCAAUUCUGCAAGAAAAAGUCUGGGUCAUUUCCUCGACGUGAUUGUACAGAAGCAGAAAGCAGCAGAAGAACAGGCAGAAGGUUUCAUAAAAGAGCUGGAAGGGGAAAUCUCCACGCUAAUGAAGAAAAGAUCUGAGCUGAUGCAGCUGUCGCAAAUCGAAGACCACUUCCAUCUACUCCAAAACACCCCGACGAUGACGGUAACCGCCAAGGACUGGAACAAGGUCAGAUUCCAGUCCUCCUGCGGUGCAACGGUGAGGACGGCUGCAGCUCAACUGGAGGCGAUCAGAACAGAGAUGAAGAAGCUCUGCGCGCGCAUUGAACUCGCAAGAGUCCGGCUGUAUGAAGUGGACGUGACUCUGGAUCCAGAUACUGCGAACCCCUAUCUGGUGAUGUCUGACGAUGGGAAAACUGUACGAUGCAGUGAUGUGACGCAGGUUCUCCCAGACAAGCCAGAGAGACUCUCAGCCUUUGGAGUCUUGGGAAAGCAAAGUUUCUCCUCAGGACGAUUUUACUAUGAAGUUGAAGUUAAAGGGAAAACUAAAUGGGAAUUAGGAGUGGUCCGAGAGUCUGUCGACAGGAAGGGUGAGAACGCCAUUUGCCCUGAAAAUGGCUACUGGGCUGUUUGGCGAAGAAACAGCCAUUACAGAGCUCUUACCGGGCCCUCUGUGCCUCUGGUUUUGGUGUCUGAGCCCCAGAAGGUGGGGGUUUUUGUGGAUUACAACGAGGGUCUAGUUUCUUUUUAUGACGCUGAGGCAGCACAUCUCAUCUUCUCCUUUACUUUCUGCACCUUCAGUGAGAAACUCUAUCCGUACUUCGGUCCCUGUCCAAGUGACGGUGGCAAAAACUCAGCCCCUCUGAUCAUUUCCAGCAUCAGCCACACAUUAAAUUGAAGUGCAGUCAUGUAUCGCUUUAAGAAAACCUUUUUGAUUUACUCAAGUUAUAUUUGAUGUAAAAAUGUAUUGAUCUGAGAUAUUUAAGAUUUAAAUAAAAAGCAAACAACUGAACAAACCUGAAAGAGGGAGAAGAGAGAGAGAAUUUCAUUUCUAAUGAUUUUCUACAUCUUGUUCUAUCCUUUGUUGGUAGAACAAGAUGUUAGUCCUCCGCCCUCCUCCAGACAGAGUAUGAACUGAUAUCAAAUGUUUAACUGUUAUCUGAGAGGUACAGAAAGGCCAGCUCUGCUUUAACAACCUUUGUCAACGUCCUUGGGUGGAGAACUGACAACAGGGACAGCUGGCCGAUGGAGACAAUCAGUUGAGGUAAACUAGUGAGAUUCAACUGUAUACACCUAAUCUAAUCCAAUAAUUCCAGAUAUUACUGGAGAUUUCUUGAGUACGUUUGAAAUUGUUUCAGAUUAUUUCUCAUUCCAAAUAACACAAAAUGUUCCAGAGGCAUAUGAAAUGUGUAAACACAAUCAUUUCUUUGUGAGACUUUUAAUAAAUGUGGAACAUCAAAGUACAGCGAUAGAUCAGAAUGUGAAUAUCGGCAGCUCGAACAUGACUGGAAAGAUCAAGAGUCACUGAAGAAAGGAUCUCUGGUGCCCUCUGGUGGUGGUUUAGAUUUAUUAACAAAACCUAACACUAGCAGUUGUGAAGAUGUAACGAUUUAAAACCUCGUUAUGCCUGGAUGUUGUCGGUUGGCCAAUGCCAGGCCAGCUCGAAACGAACAUGAACAUUUUAAGAAUGUCUUUUUUUGUUUUGUACCAUCGGUGCAAGUUUUCACUUGGCCAAUGAUAGGACCACGUCUAUAUGAUUUUAAAGAUACUAAAGGAUCAGGCCAUAGAAUAACAGAUUUGCCUCAAUUUUGUUCACAUAAGAAAUAAAUCUGGGAA